AUGUUGCUGGGCGCGCUAACCUUGUGGAUCCUGGCCCCGAUUGCCAACACCUGCGAGGAGGGGAAGGUCUUUGUGGUCGGCGCUGGGAUUGCUGGACUGGUCGCCGCCAGCUCGCUUCAGAAGUUUGGAUGUGACGUCACCGUGUUGGAAGCGCUGGACCGCUUGGGUGGUCGAACCCACACCUUUCAGACGGGUGUGUUCGCUGGCACGGAGGAGGGCGCACACUGGAUCCAUGGUGGUAUCGACAAUGUACCACUAUCCACCUUGCUGGAUAUGUACAAGGUUGGACAAAUCCGUGUCGGAGGAGACGAUGACUAUGAAGGGUCACGAAGCAGAUUGCUGCUGCUGUCACCUGAGAACUUGCCACUCAGUGCAGCUGAGCGGGACUUAUCUUUCGAUCUCUUUGAGUCUGCACGGUCGGCCACUGAUAUCUUUGCUCGAGGCACGCUUUCAGAGAAAGAUGUGGGCAUCUCUGUGGCCGAUGUGUGGCAUCGAGCGCUGAAAGUCAACUACUCGGCCUAUGGACAAGCCAUUCUCGACUGGCACCAGAAAAUAGCCUAUGAGCAGGACUCCGGCGCCUCUAUUCAGGAGCUCAGUGCCUUGGGCGAAUAUGUGGAGGACUACACGGACUUUUAUCCCAACAGGUCGGCCGGUUUGGAGAAGCACGGGGAUGCCUACGUACAAGGUGGCUACUCCACAUUGGUUCAGCGGUUGGCUGCUGGCUUGGACGUGCGCUUGCAAUCCCCCGUUUCGCGAAUUAAGUACUCGAACGAAAGCGUGGCCCUCAUUGUGAAUGGGACUGAACUUCGAGGUGCAUCGGUCAUCCUUACAGCCUCAGUCGGAGCAUUGCAAGCUGAGAACAUUGCUUUCGAGCCCUCGCUCCCGAGCUGGAAACGAGAAGCGCUGAAACGCCUGGGCAUGGGGAACGUUGCCAAAGUGCUAGUCAAGCUGUCGCAGCUUGUGCCAAGACUUGAUGGAGUGUACUCCUUGGGGCGACUGGCUCCACGAGGCGAGGGAGGCCGAAAUCUGAUAUCCUACUGUAUUUGGGACGAGCUUGAACAUUCCAGACCGAUAUUGGAAUGCUUUCUGGGUGGCCAGCAAGCAAUCAGCGCAGAAAUGAUGGAUGCUGAGGCUCUGAAGCGUCAAGUCACAUCCGAGCUUGAUGCUGCGAUUGGAUCCUCCGUUGUGGAGGAAGUCAUGAUCACGAAGUGGUCCAGCAACCCUUUCAUCAGGGGGGCUUGGAGUUAUGCUCGAGUGAACUCGUCUGCGAAGGAUUUUGAUGCCUUGGCGCACAGAGUUGGCAAGCUGCACUUUGCCGGAGAGGCGACUUGCAGACUAUUGUGGGGCAACGUGCAUGCUGCUGUCGUAAGCGGAGCUCGCGCAGCACAUGAACUUCUGCAUCUGGAAAGAAAUGCAGAAGAAAGCUGGCCACUCUUUAAACAUGAAAUCCUGCAGCUGUGCACACACUGCCCGGCAGGCAGCGCUGCUUGCCAAGCACGUGCAGAUUUGAGAAAAGCCGUCGUCUACGUCUGA